GAGGAGCCAUGUGUGAUGAUGAAGAAACCACAGCACUUGUCUGUGAUAAUGGCUCUGGACUUUGCAAAGCUGGAUUUGCCGGAGAUGAUGCUCCAAGGGCUGUUUUUCCAUCCAUCGUUGGACGACCUCGGCACCAGGGGGUUAUGGUAGGGAUGGGACAAAAAGACAGCUAUGUCGGCGAUGAAGCACAGAGCAAACGAGGGAUUCUGACCCUGAAGUAUCCCAUUGAGCAUGGGAUUAUCACUAACUGGGAUGACAUGGAAAAGAUUUGGCACCAUUCCUUCUAUAAUGAACUUCGAGUUGCCCCAGAAGAGCACCCUGUCCUCCUGACUGAAGCACCAUUAAACCCCAAGGCUAAUCGAGAAAAAAUGACCCAGAUCAUGUUUGAAACUUUCAAUGUGCCUGCAAUGUAUGUGGCCAUUCAAGCGGUUCUCUCUCUCUAUGCAUCUGGCCGAACUACUGGGAUAGUUCUGGACUCUGGUGAUGGUGUCACACAUAACGUACCUAUCUAUGAAGGUUAUGCCCUGCCACAUGCCAUCAUGAGACUGGAUCUGGCUGGAAGAGAUCUCACUGACUAUCUCAUGAAAAUUCUUACAGAGAGGGGAUACUCUUUUGUUACUACAGCCGAGCGCGAGAUUGUGCGAGACAUCAAAGAGAAGCUCUGCUACGUGGCUCUCGACUUUGAGAACGAAAUGGCCACUGCUGCAUCCUCCUCUUCUCUGGAGAAGAGCUAUGAACUCCCUGAUGGUCAAGUCAUCACUAUUGGCAAUGAACGGUUUCGAUGCCCUGAAACUCUCUUCCAGCCAUCGUUCAUAGGGAUGGAGUCCGCCGGUGUCCAUGAAACAACCUAUAACAGUAUAAUGAAAUGUGAUAUUGACAUCCGUAAAGAUCUUUAUGCUAAUAAUGUGCUUUCUGGAGGGACCACCAUGUACCCUGGCAUUGGGGACCGUAUGCAGAAGGAGAUUACUGCUUUGGCUCCAAGUACAAUGAAGAUCAAGAUGAUUGCACCUCCAGAACGUAAAUAUUCUGUCUGGAUUGGGGGAUCCAUAUUGGCUUCUCUUUCGACCUUCCAGCAAAUGUGGAUCAGCAAAGAUGAAUAUGAGGAAUCUGGCCCCUCCAUUGUCCAUCGCAAAUGCUUUUGAAUAUGCUUAUGGUUCACCCUAAAUGUUACCUUGUAGUGUUUCUCUACCAAAUUUCUCUGGAACUUUAGUUUAAGCUCUCCAUCACUGCCUAGUCUGAAAACACAAUAAAGGUGAUGUUAACUGA